AUGUCUCUCGUGAGCGGCUUGGUGCUUCCUCAAAACGACGACGCUUCUAGAUACUUCGAGAAUCUCCGUGCGGCCAGAGGAGCCAAUCACGCCAAGAGAUCCACGUCAACCACCAUCACCAACGACAGAGACAUCUCGUACAUUCUUGACGUGUACUUGGGUUCUCAGCACGACAAGGUCACCGUGCUCCUUGACACCGGCUCCUCCGACCUCUGGGUGUACGGCCCUGGUGUCAGCAGUGCCGAAGGCGGCACUUUUGACCCAAGCCAAUCAUCUCACGACCAGUCCACCGGUGAAAGUUUCUCCAUCCAGUACUUGGAUAACUCGGGUGCUGAAGGCAGCUACUACCUUGACGACUUCUCCUUCAACCUGGGCCUGACACUCGUCAGCAACUUUCAAUUUGCUGUGGUCAGCCUGGCCAACGCAGACAGUACCGGUAUUUUGGGUGUCGCCGACAAAGGCCAGGAGGCUGUCGAAGGCGAGCCUACUUACGACAACUUGCCAUGGGCUUUGCAAAAGUCUGGGGUCACGCCAAAGGCAUCGUACUCCUUGUUCUUGGGCUCUGAACUGGAGGGUAAAGGCUCCAUCAUCUUUGGCGGUAUCGAUACCGAUAAGUACGAGGGCGACUUGAAGAAAUACCAGGUCUCCACCGACCAAGGGUUGGGUAUCACUGCCCAAAGCGCUACUGUUGGAGGCAAGUCCAUUUCUUUGGGCCAGAGCUACAUCUUGGACUCGGGUACUUCUUGGAACUUGUGGCCCACUGAUCUUACCGAAGCGGUGGCUCAGGAGCUCGGUCUUAUCAGCUACCAGCAAGGUCUCUACAUUGUUAACUGCGACCAGCCAUCUGACAAGUCCAUCUCGUUCGACUUGGGCGAGAACACCAUCUCUAUCCCAUACAGUGACCUCAUUGUUAAUGUUGGUGAAAAUGGCCAGAAAGUGUGUUCUUUGGGUGCCCAGGCCACCGACUAUGACCCAUACAUUUUCGGUGACGUCUUCUUGAGAAGCGCCUACGUCUACUACGACCUCACUGACCACACCAUCUCGAUUGCUCAAGCCAAGUAUUCGACCAGCUCGCACAUCGUUCCCGCCUAG